CUACCUCCCAUUUUCCCCUUCACACACAUCAACUGAAACAAAAUGAAGAUACCGGUGUUAGAGAAGAUGAUGUUCAGCGAACCAUCGAUUUGGGUUACAGCGACAACGGUGGUUACCUUAAUAUCAAUGGUUUGCUUAUGUUUCACAGAGCUAAUCGGUAAUCAUCUUCAGUAUUCCAAAUUCACAAAUAACAAUAAACCUUCAGCCAAACAAGGGAUUAAACUUUCGAGCAAAACCGGUAUGUUGAUACUUUACACUCCGGCAUUCAUCGCAGGAGCUGUUUCGUUCUUCGUCUUUCCAGGUGGUGAUCUCAGAUUCUUUCUUCUCAAGUUUGCUGUCACGUUUCAUUUCUUCAAAAGGGAUUUAGAGGUUCUGUUUGUUCACAAGUAUAGUGGUGGAAUGAUUCUAGGUUCAAUCAUAUUCAUCACAUUGUUCUAUAUCUCUGCUGCUGCCAGCUUGAUCAUCGUUCAAUAUCUGAGUCUAGGGCUUCCCGACCCAUCAAUCGACACAAAAUACAUUGGUUUGAUCCUUUUCAUACUAGGAAUCUCUGGAAACUUUUAUCACCACAAUCUCCUCUCAAAACUAAGGAACAGCAAUGAAAAAGAGUAUAAGAUUCCUCGAGGUGGACUGUUUGAUCUCGUUAUUUGCCCUCAUUAUCUAUUUGAAAUUAUUAUUUUUAUCGGGAUAUCAUUUAUUAGCCAAACGUCAUUCGCUUUUGCGUGCACUUUUGGAGACUCUAUGUACCUAAUUGUAAGGAGUUACGCGACUAGAAAAUGGUACGUGAACAAGUUUGAAGAUUUUCCUAAAGAUGUUAAGUGUGUUAUCCCAUAUAUAUUUUGAAAAUUGGUGUGUGAUAGAUGUUUCGUGUAUUUUUCUUUUUAUGAUGGAUCUGAGACAAUAUUUAUGAGCAAAUUGCAUUUGAUCUUGGAAUAAAUGUAAUUGUUGGUUAUAA